AUGCCCCACGCCAUAUCACCGUCCCCAACCAUACCUAAUCCCUUAUCGUUCAGAAGAUACACGCGCCGGCCAUCAGUGCCCAGGGAGGAAAUACGCUCCCACCACACCACCCCCGCCGAGCAAGACCCAAACCACAACCCGCGCAUCGGCAACCGCCCUGUUUUGAUUCCCAUUCCCAUCCCAAACUCACGGCAACCACCAUACAACCAAGCCUCCACACAGCCAGCGUCACCAGCGUCAGAAACAUCAUCAGCGCCACCUCCCCGCCGUCCAACAUCCCUCCCCUCACUUCCCAGCAAUACCCACCUCGUGACCAACGGCACCAUCGUCCGCGCAAACCCUCAGAUUACGUCGCCCCGGGACACAGGGCUGAAUGCUCCUGCUGCUCCUCACGGCUCCGUUCCUGCAUUUGGACCACAAUUCGCACAGCCGCGGGAAUCGCAGCUGCCUCCCGAGCAGGGGAUUGAAUGGAUUUCGGGGGUGGGACCUGAGCCUGGAAUCAGGAAUAUGCUUGGAUUUGGAUCCGCGUCGGGGGCAGGGCACGGAGGUGGACCUGUUUCUACACGCGAUUUUAGGUCGCAAUUUGGAUCUCUGUAUCUGGAUGGACUUGAACCUGGACCUGGACGUCACCCUGGACCCGGACCUGGACCGAGGUCUUUCUAUUCCCAUAGAUCGGGAUAUCGGUAUCAGCCCGGCUAUGGAUCCGAUUAUGGCUCUGAUUAUGGAUCUGAUUAUGGAUCUGGAUAUCACCCUGGACCUGGACUCAGGUCUGUCUAUCCUCCCCGAACGGCAUAUCAGUAUCUGUCCGGCCAUGGAUCCGAUUAUGGAUCCGAGUAUGGAUCUGAUUAUGGAUCUGGCUCUGGAUACGGACCUGAACUCGGAAAUGGAAAUGGCUAUGGCCAGGGUCUCCGAGAUGCCGGUGAUCAGCGAAGCGAUCCCGGACAACACAUAUCCGGCAUCACAAGUGAGCGGCAGGAUGAUGGAAUGGUGAAUGAGGCGCGGACGGGAGACGCAGGUCCGAUGGAUAAGGCCGGAGAUGAGGAUCCAGAGAUUGAUAUGAUUGAUGAGAGUCUGUAUCACGUCGUGCUUGAGAAUGAGCGUGCGAAUGGGUAG